AUGGUCAAGAACGGCUUUGGAAAGACUUCUAAGCGGGUGCCCGUCCGCCUGAGGCACAAGAUUGAGAAGGCCGCUGUCGCCAAGCAAAAGAAGGCAAAGAAGCAGGCUAAGAAGAACCCAGAAUGGCGGUCUAAGCUCAAGAAGGACCCGGGUAUUCCCAACCUUUUCCCGUUCAAGGACAAGCUCCUCCAUGAGAUCGAGGAGAAGAAGCGCCUGAAGGCUGAGGAGCAGCAGCGCAUUAAAGACGAGGCUCGUGCUCGUCGUGAGGAGGCCAGACAGGCUCAGGGUGGCAACACUGGCGUGGACAUCAACGAAAACGACCUCUUGGACGAUAACAUGGAUGAGGAUGGCGAGGACUCGAACCCUAUGGCUGCACUUCUCGCCUCUGCUCGUGCGCGGGCUGCAGAAUAUGAGGACGAGAGCGAGGAAGACGAGAUGGAUGAGGAUGAGGACGAUGAGAUGGAUGAGGACGAGGAUGAGGGUGGCGACGACGAGGCUCCUGAAUUGACUACUCGCCCAAAGGAGAGCUCAAGACGCCAGUUUGACAAGGUCUUCAAGAAUGUCAUCGAUGCUGCAGACGUCGUGCUGUACGUUCUCGACGCUCGCGAUCCGGAGGGUACUCGGUCAAAGGAGGUUGAGCGCGAGAUCAUGGCUGCCGAUGCUGGCUCCAAGCGAUUGAUUCUCAUUCUGAACAAGAUCGAUCUCGUUCCCCCACCUGUCCUGAAGGCUUGGUUGGUGCACCUGCGCCGUUACUUCCCCACCCUGCCUCUCAAGGCAUCCAACGGUGCCGGCAAUGCACACAGCUUCGACCACAAGCAAUUGACCGUCAAGGGUACUUCGGAUACUCUGUUCCGUGCCCUCAAGUCCUACGCCCACAGCAAGCAGUUAAAGCGUUCUAUUUCUGUUGGUGUCAUUGGAUACCCCAACGUUGGCAAGUCCUCUGUGAUCAAUGCCUUGACCGCACGUCUCAACAAGGGCUCCAGCAAUGCCUGUCCCACAGGCGCCGAGGCCGGUGUGACCACCAACAUGCGCGAGGUCAAGCUCGACAACAAGCUCAAACUGAUCGACUCCCCCGGUAUUGUCUUCCCCUCCGCCAAUGGCAAGACGGGCAAGAAGUCCAAGGAGAACGAGCAGGCCCGCCUUGUCCUGCUCAAUGCCAUCCCCCCAAAGCAGAUCGAGGACCCCAUUCCUGCAGUCAACCUUCUGGUCAAGCGUCUUUCCGCCUCGGAAAGCCUGCUUACCAAGAUGCUCCAGCUCUACGGGAUCACCACCCUCUUCCCUGGCAACAAUGGUGACAAGACCACCGACUUCCUCAUCCAGGUUGCCCGCAAGUGCGGUCGCCUCGGAAAGGGCGGUGUCCCCAACGUUGAGAGCGCCGCCAUGACGGUCAUCAACGACUGGAGAGAUGGCCGUAUCCAGGGCUGGGCUAACGCCCCCGUCCUGGCUGUCAACACAGGCGAUGCAGCGACCUCCACCGCCGCUGCUGGCACCGGCGCCGACACCACCCAAGUUGUCACGGAAUGGGCCAAAGAAUUCAAGAUUGAGGGCCUUUGGGGCAACGGCGAGGGUGACGAUGAGGUUAUGGCUGAGUAA